AGUUUAGUAGUUUGUUCUCCCUCUUCGGCGAACGCCGCCCACCUCAAACCUGCGUUAUUCACGUAGGGUUUUUGGCUUUUCUCCCUUAACCCUUAUCAUCUGCUGAUCUCAUUGCCGUCCUCAUGACGUCGCCCCAGCCUGAGUCUUCCGCCAAUUCUGCCAUCACCAUGGAAGAUCUCAUGCAUGCUAUUCAUAAUCUGAGCAACGAACUUCAGGCCACCAAGGCGCAGGUUGCUGCGUUAUCUACGACCGACCCUCACACCGCCGCCGGAUGGCGCCCACCGGCUCGAACGGCUGGUUCCGGGGCCGCUGAGCCACUGCCGCGCAUGCGUGUGGAAGCGCCGCGCUUUAACGGUGAGGACCCCGGCGGUUGGGUUUUCCGAAUUCAAGCUUAUUUUGAUUACUUUGCCACUCCGGUGCAUGAACGGGUACAUCUCGUGGCCAUGUUAAUUGAUUCACCAGCCUCGGAUUGGUUUCGUUAUUAUCAAAAUAAUAAUUGUGGGGUGACGUGGGAGGCGUUCUUGGUCGCCGUCCGACAGCGUUUUGAUCCUGCUUAUUAUGAAAAUUACAUUGGGUCAUUGUCUAAGCUAUGCCAAACAACCACGGUUUUGGAGUAUCAAUCUGCGUUCGAAGCAUUGCUUAAUAAAGUCACGGGGGUUCCCGAGCCUACUUUAACUGCCAUGUACGUCGCCGGAUUAGCCCAACCAGUCCAGGGCGAGGUAAACCUACGGCAACCACGCUCCCUCCAGGAGGCCUUUGCUUUGGCGCGUGAAUUAUCAGCCUGCCACCAGACUCCUCCGCCGAAUGCACGUCGGACGUGGUCAGUUCGUCCAGCCGGUCCAGCCCCCACUGGGGCCACUUCAACUCCAGGGUCUGGUGCCACAUCACAAGCCAUUGGGGUCAAGCAUUCGGACAACAAACCCUCGUCUCAAUUACCCAUCGUACGGCUCUCUUCGGCUCAAAAAAUUGAGCGGAGCAAGAAGGGUUUAUGUUGGUACUGCGACGAGAAAUGGGUACCGGGGCAUCAUUGUAAGCACCGUUUUCUUGCGUUUAUGGGUCCCGACGACGACGAAGAGUUUUCUUCAACUGACCUUGAGGAUUCUACGCCGGACGAUUCACUCAUCUUUGGCGAUGUCUCGAGCCUCCAUUCCUUGGCAGAAUUACUCAAAAAAGAUGGGUUCCGGUGGAAUUCCGACGCCGACAGUAGCUUUGCACGACUCAAACAAGGCAUGGUUACGGCUCCAGUUCUUCGACUUCCAGAUUUUGCAGAGACUUUUUAUUUAGAGACCGAUGCCUCGGAUGUUGGGAUAGGCGCGGUACUCCUCCAACGAGGUCACCCCUUGGCCUUUUUCAGUAAAAAGUUGGGUCCCCGCCGUCGUUCAGCCUCCACAUAUCACAAGGAACUUUAUGCCAUAGUCGAAUCGGUUCAAAAAUGGCGUCAAUAUUUGUUGGGCCGUGAAUUUGUCAUCCGGAGUGACCAACGCAGUUUGAAGGAUUUACUAUUUCAGAUUAUACAAACGCCGGAGCAACAGUUCUAUAUUCGGAAACUCAUGGGGUUUUGUUUCCGAAUUGAAUACAAAACCGGGGCCUCCAACAAAGUAGCUGACGCUUUGUCCAGACGUGGAGAGGACGGGGAGUAUGCUGCAAUGUUUACCUCCUACGCCCAACCACUGCCGCAGCUCCUCCAGGAUAUCAAGGCCGAAAAUGAGUCUCUGCCCGAUUGUAAAGCCCUGUGCGCCGCUGUUCUGGCCGGAACUGGACCUGCCCACAUCUCCCUCCUCAACGGUCUCCUCUACUACAAACACCGGCUCCUGCUUAGCCCCAACUCCCCGCUCCGUGAGAAGCUUUUACAUGAAUUCCAUAGUACGCCGAUCGCCGGGCAUCAAGGCGUGGAACGCACUUUCAAACGAUUGGCCGCUGUAUUUUAUUGGCAGGGAAUGCGCCGUGAUGUCAAACGGUUUGUGGCGGCGUGUGUAGCCUGUCAAGCAACCAAGUAUUCCACUCAAAAACCGGGCGGCCUCCUCCAACCAUUGCCUAUUCCAGAGCGCGUGUGGGACUCGGCCUCGAUGGACUUUAUUACCGGUUUGCCUCCCUCACGCGGGUUUACAGUAAUUAUGGUGGUCGUGGACCGCCUGUCUAAAUAUGCACAUUUUGGCCUGUUACCUACAGGAUUUGACGCCCCCCGAGUAGCCCAAGUCUUUCUGGAGGUGGUCGUUAAACAUCAUGGAUUCCCCGGUGCCAUUUUUUCGGAUCGUGACUCCGUUUUUAUGAGUCUCUUUUGGCGAGAGUUGAUGAGGUUAAGUGGUACCUCGUUGAAAUUUAGCACCGCGUACCACCCCCAAACCGAUGGCCAGUCUGAGGUAAUCAACCGCGGCCUCGAACAGUACCUCCAUGCUUUUACUCACGAACGGCCUUCUCGGUGGGCAACCUUCAUUCCGUGGGCAGAAUUGGCUCUGAAUUGCAGUCACCAUGCGGGAAUCAACAUGUCCCCCUUCCAAGCUCUUUAUGGCAGACCCCCCCCCCCGAGCCUAUUUCCCACACUAUCCCUUCGAGCUCGGGUACCUGCGGUCGAAGAGCUAUUACAGGAACGUGCGGAGCUCUUAACAGAUUUGAAACACCACCUUGAACGGAUGCAGCAGCGUAUGCGCACCAGCGCCAACCAACACCGCCGGGAUGUUCAGUUCAACGUGGGUGAUCUCGUGCUCUUGAAGCUCCAAGAAUAUAGACAGCACUCCGUAGCCAAGCCACGAUCGGCCAAGUUAGCACGCCGAUAUUAUGGGCCUUUCGAGGUAUUGGAGCGCAUUGGCCCUGUGGCAUAUCGUUUGCGCCUACCGGACGGAUGCAAGAUACACGACGUCUUUCACGUCUCUCUCUUACGGCCUUUCAUCAAGGGGAGCGACAGUCCACCACCACCCACUUUGCCGUCGGAUUUCUACAAAGGCAAGGCCGUGGUGAUCCCCAUUUCCGCAGGACCAAGCCGGACAGUAUUGGUGGAUGGCCAGCCGCGGGAGCAGUGGUUGAUCCGUUGGUCUGAGCAUGACGAUGCUGACGUCACCUGGGAGGACGCUGAAGCCAUGCAACGCCACUUCCCUACUCUCGGCCUUGAGGACAAGGCCGUUCCCGACCCCAGGAGAGUUGACACGGCACUUACAGAGGCAAUGCCGCUCUCAGACAUAGAUCAAAAUACAGUUAAUUUUGUCCCAAAUUUUGACAAAUCACAAAAAGAGCCAUCUCUACCCCCUGCUAGAAUCCCGAAUCUGGUCCUGAAUAAUGCCUCUGGAAUUGAGGCACUUACAGAGGCAAUGCCGCUCUCAGACAUAGAUCAAAAUGAAGUUAAUUUUGUCCCAAAUUUUGACAAAUCACAAAAAGAGCCAUCUCUACCCCCUGCUAGAAUCCCGAAUCUGGUCCUGAAUGAUGCCUCUGGAAUUGAGGUAGGCAAGAGAACCAUGGAGCCUGACCCGGACGAUUGGGUGAUCGGGGCAGCGGAUGAACGACAAGAGAACCUGGAGGAUCCGGUGAUUGUGUCCAAUCCGUUGGGACACAGUCUAAGUCUCAAAUAUAUCUAUCCUGACUGUCCGCUAGUUGUGCAAGGGAAGAGCUUCCCUGCAAGUCUAAUCGAGCUCCCACAUCGAGAAUUCGAUGUUAUCCUGGGCAUGGAUUGGCUCACAGCCAAUCAAGCCGUUGUCGACUAUGGCGCCCAUACGGUACGGCUGAAAGCCGAAGAUGGUAGUGACGUGCUGAUCCGCGGAGAGCUUUUCCCGAAGGCUCCCCAAUUCAUCUCAUACAUGCAAGCUCGCCGCCUCAUACACAAGAAAUGCGAGGCCUUUCUAUGCACUGUCCGCGACACGCAGCUAGAGGCACCUGGACGAGAGGAAAUCCCUACGGUGUGCGAGUUCCCAGACGUAUUUCCCGACGAGCUUCCAGGACUACCACCCCCGAGGGAGCCUACCUUGCUCCAUGAGAUUGAGACAGCACAGCGCAGCGACGACUUCUGCAAGCAGACUUGUGAGCUCGCCUCUCGGGGCGAGAAACCUGAUUUCUCCGUGCGAGAGGAUGGAGUCUUGCUGUAUCGGGAUCGUGUGGUGGUGCCAGCAGGGGAAGUGUGCAUGGUCACAAAUAUCCCUCCACACAAUCUUGCAGAGGUUGUCGAUGCAAUGUCUUUCUAUAUUCUUAACCCUGAAGUAACGGCACUUACCGAGGCAAUGCCGCUCUCAGACAUAGAUCAAAAUGCAGUUAAUUUUUUCCCAAAUUUUGACAAAUCACAAAAAGAGCCAUCUCUACCCCCUGCUAGAAUCUCGAAUCUGGUCCUGAAUGAUGCCUCUGGAAUUGAGGUGUGCAUGGCCACAAAUACCCCUCCACACAAUCUUGGAGAGCUUGUUGAUGCAAUGUCUUCCUAUAUUCAUAACCAGAAGUAACGGUAAAAAUGAAUUCAGUUAUUUCACAUUGCUACGGUGAGAAUACUUCUCAUUGCCAUUUUGAGAUAUGUUAUUUCACAUUGUCAUUUCGAAAGUAUUUUAAUUCUGAUGGAGGUUCCUUUUUUGUUUUUCUAUUUGACUAUUUCCAUGCAAUAAAUUGCAAUCUAGCAGUCUCCUUUUUUCCCCAAAAAAGAAAAGCAGAUGCGUUUU